CCGAAUAACGUGACACCAAUCAAAAUUAUACUUUAAUUUAAAUUAUAUAAUUUGAAAUAUGUCACAUUAUUUGACGUAUCAAUUUAGCAUACGCAGCACCGCCCUUUUUUAACAGAAAAAAACAUCAAGUGAAAGCGGCUAGUGCGAGAGUGACCACAGAAGAGAUGGCAACUCUAAGCACCCCCCUUAUCUCUCUACCACGUCACCCACCAAACCCUCCAUCGCCAACCGCCACUAACGAACUUUUCUCAAGCUGCCCACCUCUUUCCUCAAUUGACCACUGCACCAACAUCAAGCAGUUGAAGCAAGUCCACGCCCAAAUGCUCCGUACAGGCCUUCUUUUCGACCCCUACUCCGCCAGCAAGCUUAUCACCGUCUGUGCUCUCUCCUCCUUCUCCAGCCUCGACUAUGCCCGCCAAGUGUUCGACCAAAUUCCCCAACCAAAUCUCUACUCUUGGAACACCCUCAUUCGCGCGUAUGCGUCGAGCACCGAUCCGACUGAAAGCAUCCUUGUAUUUCUGGAAAUGCUUUAUCGCUGUAUGGAAAGUCCCAAUAAAUUUACUUACCCGUUUGUGAUCAAGGCGGCUUCGGAGCUCCGGGUUUUGGAGCUCGGAGAGGGGUUUCAUGGCAUGGUGAUAAAGGCCUCGCUUGGUUCGGAUGUUUAUAUUCUCAAUUCUCUGGUUCAUUUCUAUGGAUCGUGCGGGGAUUUGGAUUUGGCGCGGCGGGUUUUCGUGAAGACUCCUAAGAAAGAUGUUGUGUCUUGGACUAUGAUCACGGCUUUUGCGCACGGGAAUUGUCCCGAGGAGGCGUUGGAGUUGUUUAAGGAGAUGGAGGCAAAGAAUGUGAAGCCGAAUGAUGUGACAAUGGUGAGUGUGUUGUCAGCUUGCGCAAAGAAGGUUGAUUUGGAGUUUGGGAGGUGGGUUUGUUCGCGUAUCGAAAGGAAUGAAAUUGGAGAGAACUUGACUUUGAACAAUGUUAUGCUUGAUAUGUAUGUGAAAUGCGGGAGCAUUGAGGAAGCGAAAAGAUUGUUUGAUAGGAUGCCGGAGAAGGAUAUUGUCUCUUGGACUACAAUACUUGAUGGGUAUGCUCAGUCAGGAAAUUAUGAUGAGGCUUGGCAGAUUUUCACUGCGAUGCCUAGUCAAGACAUUGCUGCAUGGAAUGUCCUCAUUUCGUCUUAUGAACAAAGUGGUAAGCCAAAGGAGGCUUUGGCGGUUUUUCAUGACUUGCAGAAAAGGAAGAGCCCGAAACCUGAUGAAGUCACUCUAGUUAGUACCCUGGCAGCCUGUGCUCAAUUGGGAGCAAUUGAUCUUGGUGGCUGGAUACAUGUUUACGUAAAGAAGCAGGGUAUGAAGAUGAAUUGUCACCUCACAACCUCGCUUAUCGACAUGUAUGCAAAGUGUGGGGAUCUGGAUAAGGCACUUGAGGUGUUUAAUUCAGUGGAGAGGAGAGAUGUGUUCGUCUGGAGUGCCAUGAUUGCUGCUCUGGCAAUGCAUGGGAAAGGGAGGGAGGCAUUGGAUUGUUUCUCAAGAAUGCUAGAAACCAAGGUGAAGCCCAAUUCCGUGACAUUCACCAACAUGUUAUGCGCUUGUAGCCACGCUGGAUUGGUGGAUGAAGGAAGAACAUUUUUCUAUCAAAUGGAGCCAGUUUACGGGGUUGUGCCUGGUGUAAAGCACUAUGCUUGCAUGGUCGAUAUUUUAGGUCGUUCUGGAAAUCUGGAGGAAGCUACAGAGUUGAUAGAGAAAAUGCCAAUAGCUCCUACCGCGUCUGUAUGGGGGGCUCUUCUUGGGGCCUGUGGACUUCAUGGGAAUGUCGAGCUUGCCGAAAAGGCGUGUAGCCAUAUGCUUGAGUUGGAUCCUGGAAACCACGGAGCUUAUGUACUCUUAUCAAAUAUCUAUGCCAAGACAGGGAAAUGGGAAGAAGUUUCAGGGUUAAGGCAGCGUAUGCGAGAUGCAGGAAUUAAGAAAGAACCCGGUUGUAGUGCAAUCGAAGUCAAUGGUAUUGUUCAUGAGUUUCUAGUUGGUGAUAACUCUCACCCUCUGUGCAAAGAAAUAUAUUCAAAGUUGGAUGAAAUAGCAGGGAGAUUGAAGUCAAAUGGAUACGUGCCAAACAAGUCAAAUCUACUGCAGUUUGUUGAGGAAGAAGACAUGAAGAACCAUGCCCUAAUCCUUCACAGCGAGAAAUUAGCGAUUGCAUUCGGGCUUAUCAGCUUAAGUCCAUCUCAACCAAUUCAGGUUGUGAAGAAUCUUCGUGUUUGCGGAGACUGCCACGCAGUUGCUAAGCUUAUAUCAAGGGUUUACGAUAGGGAGAUCUUGCUGAGAGAUCGAUAUCGGUUUCAUCAUUUCAGAGACGGGCAUUGCUCAUGUAACGAUUAUUGGUGAAGGUGCAAGCCCUUUGCUAGAACCUAAACCUCCAAACCCCUACAAAGUGAUGUACAAAUUUUUCAAUCUCUCGGCCAUCUCAUAUGUAUAAACCUACCAUGUGUUGUAUGAUCAUUGGUGAUACAUACAAAUUGUCCGGCUAUGAAACAGAUUGUCGAUA